AACUUUACAGCUUUCAUACUUAUCUGCAUCAUUUACGAUAUAUUUAUUUAUUUUUUUUUUGCAACAUUUACUUGACAAAAAGUAAAAUUUUUAAAGUUGUCAAUAAAUUUAAAUAAAAAGUUUUUUUGAGCAGCAAAUUACCGCUGCUAUAUUUAUGGUUAAUAAUUGAGAUAAAAUUAUUAGGAAAACAAUGAUGGCUAAUAUUGGAGUGCAAGCAAGAAAUUUACAAUUAUGUUUAAAAAAUAUCAAUUUAACCAGUUUCAUAAAUAUAGGCUCGAUAAAAUUAUACAGCGUCUUUCCACCGUCAUUUGUAAAGCCAAUAUUUAAAAAAGAAGAGCAAGCAUUACUAGAAGAAACUGGUGAAGCUGAACAUCUAGCUCACGUGCCCAUUAAGCCUGCCUUCGGUGACGACACUUGUUCCGAGUUUCACGAUCCCAUUGUGAGAAAAUUCACAAAUAUGAUUAUGAGAAGAGGUCAUAAAGUACUGGCACGUAGUUUACUCGAGCAGGCGUUCGAAACCAUAAAACGUAUACAGAUAGAACAUUACCACAAAGAGACUCCAGAAGCUCGUGGUGAGAUAAUAAUAGACCCAGUAACUAUUUUGCACAAAGCUCUGGUUAAUGUCGAACCUGUAAUGGAACUUAAAGGUAUCAAGAAAGGAGGUGCUACCUACCAGGUGCCUGUGCCUAUAAAAGAACCAAGACGCAAAUUCUUAGCAAUGAAUUGGCUAGUGCAGAUGUGCAAGGAAAAAGAUCCCAGAACUCCUUACGCGGUAGUGCUGGCUAAAGAAUUAAUAGAAGCGUCUAAUAAUAGAGGACGAGUUGUAAAAAAGAAACAAGAUCUUCACAGACAGUGCGAGGCCAAUCGUUCUUAUGCUCAUUACCGAUGGUCAUAAUUAAUAACUAUAAUUAUCUUAUAAAUAAAAUAAUCAUUUAAUAAAAGUCAUUGUUAUAC